CAGCCAAAGAUCCACUAGAAAUCUACUGGAUCAUGGAUCACUUCCACAACCUUUAUAACGGGUCAUUAACACGAAACCGCAACUGAAUCUGUUAUUCAUCUGCGUCCCUCUGCUGUGUCCUUUCCUCCAUUUUCCUCUUCUACUAUGGGUGUGGCAGACGAACUGUGCAAUGAGCUGUUCCGUUGGAUUGAACAGCAGGAGCAAUGUGCAGAUCAUCUCAUGGCUUUGGCAACUGAGCUGGAGGAGAUGAGGGAGGUGAUGACUACAGGCCAGUUGGUGGGAAACACAGCAACUGUGCUUGGGUCUGCCACCCUAGUUGGAACAGGCAUUGCAACAUUGCUGACUGGAGGCCUGGCUGCACCCUUGCUGGUAGCGGCAGCUGGUAUCACAGUCGGAGCGGGUACUGCAACUAGUCUUACACUUUCGCUUGUGGAGAAAUGGAAAUCCAGUAAAACAAUGAAAAAUGCAGAGAAGACUGCUGAUCAAAUCACACAGAUUCAGAACAAUAUUGAAAGGCACCAGAAGAAACUCCAGAAGGAGUGUGAGAGUCAAGGCUUUAAAGAGUCAUCCUCCGAUGACCUGCAGUGUGAAAUCACAGCGAGAAUCCUGAGAGCCAUGGCCAAACGGAGUGGUAGAGAUCUGCCCCUCAGUCGCCUAAGGCACAUCUUGAGAAGUGAUGGCAUGUAUACUCAUUACAGAUAUCCAGAGUUUAAUCCAGACAUUGCAUUCUUCUGCACUGUCAGUUCUUUGCUAGCAUUCCUUGGAUAUUCUGCCGUCUUUCUGAAAACAGCAGCAACAAAAGGACAAAAAUAUUAUACUCCACUUUUUGUGACAACUACUGAAGGAAUGGCUGCUCUUUCACUGAAAGCUGUGUUAAAGGGAACAGGCCAGGUCACAGGAGGAAUCUUUGGGCUGAUGUUCACAGUUCCUGAUCUGAUUAAUAACUGUGAAGAACUGAUUAAAAACAAACAUCAGACUGAAGCUAGCACAUUUCUGAAGACAAAAGCUAAUGAAAUCCGUGAGGCUGUGAAAAAAUUAAAAAAGCAAUUGAAUGAAUUACAAGAGAUGCUCAAUCAAAUCCCUGAAAUGGAGUGUCACAUUGAUUUGGCUCAGGAGAUGUUUGGAUCUCAAAUAUACACACGAGGCUCCAUUUGUAUGGAGUAUAAACAGACCCGAAAGCAGGACAGGAAGACACAGAGGUUUAUUCUCCUAUGCACAAAAGACAUAGGAGUAACUGAGUAUGGUUCCACAGGUAAAGACAAAUCAGGUGACAACAAGAACAAAAGACAGAAGAAGAAGGCUACUUCAACUGAAGACAGGUACCUUAACCAGCAGAGCAAAUCUGCUAUUCAGAGGAAACCUGCUUUUCAGAGGAAACCACCACACAAGUCUAAAUCAAAAGUAAAGGAAUUUCAGUUCCGCCUUCCUAAAAUAAUGAUGUCUAAUGUGCGUUCUCUUCCAAACAAAGUAGAGGAGCUCAAAGAAAUGAUGGAAGAUGUGGAAAACUUUAACUUCGAUCUGAUGUUCUUCACAGAGACAUGGUUGAAUAGGAACUCACCCAGUAUUAGCUUGGAGGGAUAUACGUCUUUCCGGGUUGAUCGUGAUGCACGGCUUACUCAGAAAAGUAGAGGAGGGGGGCUGAUAAUGCUUGUGAAUAAGGACUGGGCGACUGAUGUGGAGGUGGAAAACAUCAUGAUUACUCGAGAUUAUGAGUUAAUGGUUGUGUCCGUUAUACCACAUGACCACCCUGAGGGUGCUCCACCACUUACCUUCAUCCAUGUGUAUAUCCCUCCAGGACCUAAUAUUACUCAAGCUGCCAAUGAGAUUGCUGGUUUUUACUAUGAUGUUCUGGAGAAGUAUCCUGGUGGUCCUGUUUUCUUGUUGGGUGAUUUCAACCAGUGUGACAUCACUCAUCUCUUGGACCUGGAGCAAUAUGUCACAUGCCCAACCAGAUGCAAUAACACCCUGGAUAAGUGCUAUGGGAAUGUGCCAGAGGCUUACAGAUCUGAAUGCAGUCCCCCGCUUGGCCGGUCAGACCACAAUGUCAUUCAUUUGAUUCCUAAAGACAAGUCGGAUAAAAGUCACCCUUCCAAAGAUGAGAAGUGUACGCAUGACAAUACCAAACCCAGAAAGCAAUGAGAGGCUGCGCAACAGUUGUAGUUCUGUGUUGUUUUUAUGUAGCACCAUGGUCCUGGAGGAACGUUGUUUCGUUUCACUGUGUACUGUACUAGUAUAUGAUAGCUUGUUUUGUUCUAUAGAUGUAGGUGGCAUCUAACUGCUUUAUUGAGUAUAAAAAGUCAUUGAGAAAGAAGAAGAGAGGAUUAUAGUGGGAACUGGUCUGAAUAGUGGCACAACAAUGAGGAACAACAUGAGGAAAAAACAUCUCAUUUGAAUGAAGAAAAUUAAAUGAAGGAAACUGUUGCUUGAUAUGCUUAAACUAUGAGAUUUAAAAAGAAGAAAUGCUACCACCUUGCUAGUCUACAAUUUUAAUCAAACUAAUAGCUUAGCUACUUAUAGUAAUACUACUAAAAGAUAUUUGAUCACCGAAGUUUACCAUUAUCACCAAAAAUCACCUGUAAAUGUGUUGAUUGCAUUGCAAGGACCAGGACUCAUCAAAACACAGAAUGUGCAUGGUGCAGUCUGGCUGUGAAUGGUACCAUUAAUUAUUCAAUGAAGAGGAAAACAGGAGAGGAUUCACAAGCUCUGGGGUGGAGGAAGUCCACUGAAGAAUCCUCUGUAAUCCAAGUGCAAGAUAAAACAUCCUGAGGCGAGGAUGGAAACUGUUAACUUCAAGGAAAUGCCUUAUAUACUAAAUCCCCAGGAAGAAUGGUUCAGUGGGUUCACUGUAAACCAUUCGCCUUCCUGAACUCUCUCAAUCUACUUUUAUUUGAUACUGAUAAACACACACCAGUUAGUAUCUAACUUUGAGUGCAACCCUAAUCAUAAACUGUAGCCUAUUAUGUAAACCAUUGAGCGUAUAUAUUUUACACUCUGUUAAGACUUCUAGUGGAACAGAGAGUAAAGUGUGUGUGUGUGUGUGUGUGUGUGUGUGUGUGUGUGUGUUGGGGGGGGGGGGGUGUUUAGGUAACAGUUAACUAAUUUAUAAUCACUAAGCAAUUUUUAUGUAAUCAUGCAUGCUACAGUAUGUAGACUAAUCAUGUUAGGCCACAAGGCAUUCAAAGAGAGUGAAUAAUGUCCUCAAAUCUGUAUAAAAGGACAAGUAUAUACAAUAAAUGCACUCAGAACAUAAGAGUAUCCUCUUCUUGUCCACUCACUAAACAGAGGGAAAUAUUUUCUUAGUGUUAGGAGUGAUUACUGGUAAGAUCAAUUCAAAGUACAACUGCUUGCUACAAAAAAUAAUAGUUGGCUAGAUAUAUGCACAA